AAGGGAAGCGGCUGCUAAGCAUCCUGGAGGAGAGACCCACGGAGGCCGCGAGGCCGCACAGACGGGGACAGAGGGGCACCCGGUCCCCCGGGGGCAGCUAGCGGGGAGCCAGCCCCAGAGACCCCCGGGGCCGCAGGGCCAGGCUGGACAGGUCCCAGACUGGCAGACAGGAGAGCAGACGGGGAAGGGGGCGUCAGACAGAGAAAGCGACAGCUCAGAUCCAGGCACAGGGACAGGGGACAAGGGAGCGAAGGAGGGGACAGAAGAGAGAAGGAAGAGAGGCAAGUGGAGAGGGGUCCCAGGCGAGGAGGAGUUGCAGGGGGAGGGCAGCAGACAGAGGCCGGCAGCCUUUGAAGAAGGAGCAGCUGCGUCCCCAGGGCCGGGGUCAGGCCAGGUCGCAGGCCAGCGGCAUGAGUGGGUCUGCCCUUCUGAGGAGGCGUUCCAGCAAACGGGGCCUGGAGAACCUCGUGAGGCUCACCACCCAGUGGAACGAGGAAGAUGAGGAGGAGGCCGCCCGGGAGCGGCGCCGCCGGGCGAGGGACAGGGAGCUCCGGGCCCAGGACGAGGCAGGCGGCGCGUCCCCGGAGCUGCCGGAGCAGCAGAGCCUCCUCCAUCGGAAGCCCUCGGAGGCCCCUGAACUGGACGAGGACGAGGGUUUCAGCGACUGGUCCCAGAAGCCCGAGCAGCAGCAGCAGCACUGGGCGGCCGGGGAGACCUCCCACUGCAGGGAGCCCCCUCGGAGUGAGAGUCCGGAGGGGCAGCAGGAGGAGGACAGGCCCCAUCAGCCUGCCUGCGGGGGCCAGGAUGGUGAGGAGCAAAGUCUGGCCAGAGUCAGCCUGGAGGAGCUGCAUCUGAGCCCCCGCUCCGAGCCCCAGGAGGAGCCGGGAAUGGAGGAGCCAGAGCCCAAGAGCCCAGAGGGGACUGUCCAGGGCAGCCCAGGGCCAGCAGAAGCGGAAGAGGCAGAUGAGCAGCACCAGAAACGCCAGCAGCCCAGGACACCCAGCCCCCUGGUCUUGGAGGGCGCUACCGAACAGGGCUCGCCUCCCCUGAGCCCCAGCACCAAACUCAUCGACAGAACGGAGUCCCUGAACCGCUCCAUCAGGAAGAGUAACAGCGUGAAGAAGUCGCAACCAGCCCUGCCCAUCUCCAAGAUUGAUGAGCGCCUGGAGCAGUACACACAGGCCAUUGAGACUGCUGGCCGGACCCCCAAGCUCACCCGCCAGCCCUCCAUUGAGCUGCCCAGCAUGGCCGUGGCAAGCACCAAGAGCCGGUGGGAGACAGGAGAGGUGCAGGCUCAAUCCAGUGCCAAGGGCCCCUCUUGCAAGGACAUCGUAGCUGGAGACAUGAGCAAGAAAAGCCUCUGGGAGCAAAAAGGAGGCUCCAAGGCAUCGUCGACAACUAAGCAGAGCACCCCAUCUGGAAAGAGGUACAAGUUUGUGGCCACCGGACAUGGGAAGUACGAGAAGGUGCUCGUGGACGAGGGCUCAGUGCCCUAGGCUGCCCUUCUUGCCUCCCCGAGACCGCAGGCAGCUUGCGCAGCUACCUUCGGCCUCGAAGGGACGAGUCCAGCCGGAUGCCCACCCGGCCCUGCCAUGGGACCGCUGCCACUGCCCGGCUGGUCUGCCCGCGCCCAGCCAGCACCCACCACGGUUGCCACCUCGCUGCUCCUCGCCCCCCGACCCCCACUCUACCUCGCACAGCCGGGGCAGGGAAGGGGCUCUCGCUGGCAAUUGACCACGGGGGCCAUCCCCGCAGAGACCAAGAGUCCCCAAGGAAGGCCCAGCCUGGGCAGAGAGAGGACACGUGCCGGGAGACCUCCAGGUCAAGUGACACCAGCGCCUGCACCGCAUUCUCAGGCCCUGCCCCCUCCCUGCCCCCGGCUUGCAGCCUCAUCCUCCGUGUGAAAUAAAGCUCCUCAUGCAUUCCAA